AUGGCCAUCAUCGCCGCGCCGCUGUGGGAGCAACUCCGAGCGGCCGCCGCCGACAUGCCGGCAGCCCAGUGGGGCAAGCAGGCGAUCCGUCUGCUCGUCUACGGACGGGGCAGCUACGCCCGCAAGGACUGCCUCAGGGUCUACCUCACGGACGUGACGGGCGGCGCCAAGUUCGACCCGAAGACGGACGGCGGAGAGGCC